AUGGAUAGCCAAAAUAUUAAAUAUGGUGAUAAUGAUGUCGCAAUUAUUGGUAUUGGUUUAAGAUUACCAAGUUCAAUUAAUAGGCCAUCAGAAUUAUGGGAAGGUUUUUUAGCUGGUUUUGAUGGAAUUGUUGAAACGACAAAUAGAUGGAGCGAUUCAUUUGCCUCAAUGGAUGAGAUUUCAAGUAAAUAUGCAGGUUUAAUUGAUUUAGAUGAAUGGAUGUCAUUUGAUCCUUUAUUUUUUGGUAUUAUUCCAACAGAGGUACCAUCAAUUGAUCCUCAACAAAGAUUACUUUUGAAAUGUACAUGGGAAGCAUUUGAAGAUGCAAAUAUUGAUCCAUUUAAACUCAGAGGUACCAAUACAUCUGUAUAUGUAGGUGCAAGUUCAUUAGAUUAUGCAUCUAUAAAUGUUGAUUUUGAUGAAACACCAAUGAACAUUUUCAAUUCAAAUAUGUCAGGUGUUUCAAAUAGAAUAUCAUAUUGUUUUGAUUUUAGAGGUGCAAGUUUAACAAUUGAUACAGCAUGUUCAAGUUCAUUAAAUGCAGUUCAUCUUGGUUAUAAAUCAAUUAUUAGUGGAGAAUCAGAUUAUUCAAUUGUUGGUGGUUGUAAUUUCAUUAUGAGUCCACAUACAUCAAGAUCAUUUGAAUCUGCAAAUGUUACAAGUAAAACUGGUAAAAGUAAAGCAUUUGAUCAAGAUGCAAAUGGAUUUGUUCGUUCAGAAGGAGUUGUAUCAAUCAUUUUAAAGAAAAUGUCAAAAGCAAUUCAAGAUGGUGAUCAAAUUUAUUCAGUUAUCAAAGGUACAAACAGUAAUGUAGAUGGUAAUUUAAACAAAGGUAAUUUCUUUGCACCAUCAAAACAAUCACAAGCAAAUAAUAUUAAAAGUGCAAUGGAAUCUUGUAAUAAAGAAACUACCAAUAGUACACCAAUCGCUUUAAAUGAUAUUGAUUUCUUUGAAUUACACGGUACAAGUACUCAAAUUGGUGAUCCAAUCGAAUGUGAAGGUGUAUCAAGUGUAUUUAAAGAAUCAAGAGAAAAACCAUUAUUAAUUGGAUCAAUUAAAGCAAACAUUGGUCAUUUAGAACCAGCAAGUGGUGUUGCAAGUUUAGCAAAAGUAGCAUUAAUGUUUAAACAUCGUCAAUUUGUAAAAAACAUUAAUUUCGAUAAACCAAAUCCAAAUAUUAAAUUUGAUGAAUGGAAAAUUAAAGUCUGUACAGAGAAUACACCAUUCCCAAAUAAUAAGAAAGUAUCAAUUGCAAUCAAUUCCUUUGGUAUUACAGGUAGUAAUGUAUGUUUAAUUUUAACUGAGUAUAUUAAACCAACAACUACAAAAACCACAAAUGGUACAGCAAUCUUAUCAACAUUUCCAUUGCUUUCGACUACUACAACUGCAACAACUAACAAUAAUGGAAAUCAAAAGUAUUUAAUACCAAUUUCAGCAAAUUCAAAACCAUCAUUAGAAUCAUAUAAAGAAAAAUUAAUUAAUUCAAGUAAAGAAUUUUCAGAAACUAUUAAUUUUAAAGAUUUUGUUAAAUAUCAAUUAGAUUCAAAAACUUUAAAAUUAACUCAAAGAUCAGUUAUUAUCGCAAGUAAUUGGGAAGAAGCUGGAAGCACUCAAUCAAUUAUAACAACUAAUUCAAAUAGAUCAGGAAAUAUUAUUAAAGAUACCAAUAAGAAUCCACAGUUAGUAUUCGUUUUUAGCGGUCAAGGUCCACAAUGGUCAAAAAUGUUCACUCAACUUUAUGAUCAAGAACCAAUUUUCAAACAAAAAACUGAUCAAAUUGAUUCAUUAUUAUCAAAACAUUAUGGUUAUUCAAUUUUAAAUAAAUUAAAUUCAAUUAAAGAUGAUGAUACAGUUACAAUUAAUGAACCAAUUUUAGCACAACCAUCAGUAUUUAUGAUUCAAAUGGCAUUGAUUGAAUUAUAUAAACAUUGGGGUAUUUUAGCAUCAAUUUCAAUAGGUCAUUCACUUGGUGAAGUUUCAAGUGCAGUUUGUUCAGGUAUGAUUGAUUUAGAAACUGGAUGCUUUAUCAUAUAUCAUCGUUCAAGAUUACAACAACAAACAAGUGGUAGUGGUAAAAUGUUAGUAGCUUCAUUAAAUGAACAAAAGUUUAAUCAAGAAUUUGAUAAUUUUCAACAAAAAUAUCCAUCAAUUGAAAUCGCUUGUUUUAAUUCACCAUCUUCAAUCGUUUUAGCAGGUAAAGAAUCAGAAUUACAAGAAAUUUCAAAUAUCUUAAAAGAGCAAGAAACAUUUUCAAUAUUUUUAGGUGCUCAAUCAUCAUUCCAUUCAUCAUCACAAGAACCUAUUAAAGAUGAAUUAUUAAAACAAUUAAAAGAUAUUAAAUCAACCAAAUCAAAUAUCCCAAAUUUUUCAACCGUAACUUCAAAUUUAUUCAAUGAUGAUGACGAAGUUGCCCAACAACCUGAUGAAGCCAGUGCUCACAACACUAAUACAAUAACUUUAUUUGAUUCAAAAUAUGUUUAUGAAAAUGUUAGAAAACCAGUACAAUUUGAAAAAACAAUUAAAAAUGUAUUCAAUUACAUUGAAAAAAAAGGUUUAGGUAGUUCAGUAAUAUUUUUAGAAAUUUCAGCAUCACCAGUAUUAGGAAAUUAUAUUAGAGAAAUGAUACCACAAGAUUCAAACUAUUUCUUUAUUGAAGAUCAAACUAUAUCAGUAUUAUCAUCAUUAAAUAAAAAGAAUAAAGAUCAAGUAUUAGAAAUUCAAACAAGUAUAUCACAAUUAUAUUGUAAAGGUUAUAAUGUCAAUUUUAAUUGUUCAAAUCAAACAAACUCAUUAGAUUUUCAAAAUACUGAAUAUAAACAAUUAUCAGAUGUUUUAUUCAAGUAUUCAUGGGAUGAUGAAUCAUAUUGGUCUGUAGCUCCAUUAAUUUCAAAUUAUAUUAAAAAUGGACCAGCAAUUAAUCAAUUGGGUAAUCGUAAUGAAAGACAACCAUAUCAAUCAUACGUUUCAAUUAUUGAUAUUAAAAAAGAACCAUUUGAAUUUUUUAAAGGUCAUUCAAGUAGAAAUAGAGUAAUUUAUCCAGGUUGUGGUUAUAUUGAUAGUAUAUUAAAAGCAUUCCCAGAUCAAGAUUUAACAAUUCAAUCAAUGGAAUUUAAAUCUGCAGUUUUAUUAUUACCAUCAAUGAAAACUUAUUUAUCAACAAAUAUCACACCAAGUGGUAAAAAUGAAUAUCGUGUUUCAUUCCAUUAUAAGGAUAAAAAAACAAAUAAAUGGUCACUCUCAUGUAGUGGUAAAUUUUCAAUUACAAAACACAAUGAUGAAGUCGUUAGAAAAUUUGAUAUUGAAAAAUUAAAAGCAAAAACUAAUUUUGUAACCAUUCAAAAGAAAGAACUUUAUGAAACAAUUAAAUAUAAAGCACAAUUUACAUUUGAAGGUAAAUUCCAAAGUAUUGAAGAAGUUAGCUAUGGUCAUAAUUGUUGUUUAGCAAAAGUACCAUUAACAACAUUAUCAUCAUAUGAUAAUCAAUCAUUUUUAAAUUUAUGUGUAAUUGAUUCUGCUUUUCAACCAUUCUGUGCUGUAAAAGAGAAUAAAGAGCCAAUGUUAUUUUCAAGUAUUGAAAAUUUAAAAUUCUUUUCAAAAAAUAUACCAAAAUCAGCAGAAGAUAGAGAAAAACAUAAAUUUGUUUAUACAUAUACACAAAUAAAAGAAAAGAAAUGUGGAUCUUAUUUCGUUUCAAUUUUAACAAUGCUUCAAGAUGGUACAAUACUAUUCUUUUCGCCAUUGGUAGUUUACACUCAAUUAACACCAUAUAAAAAUCAAUACAUAAUUGAAAGUCCAAAUGAUAAUUUAUAUAAAAUUUGUUAUCAAUCAAAAGAUUCAACAUUACCAUCACCAUUAAUAUUAAAAGAUAAAUUUGAUCAAUUAAAUUUUGAAACAACUGAUGAGCAAUCACAAAUAAUUAGAAAAGCAUUAUCAAAUUGUUUAUUCGCAAUCUUUAAGAGAAAUAAUAAUUUAUUUACAAAAGAAGAAAUUAAAUCACAAUCAAUUGAUUAUUUAAUUGAAAAGUAUUGUUUAAUCAUUGAUAAUGAUGAUGAUAAUGAUGGUAUCGAUGAUAAUAGUAUAUUAGUUAAUGGUGGUGUAGCAUCAAUCGAUGAUAUGGUAUUAGCAAGUACAGCAGGAAAAGAAACAACAAUUUUAAAUAAUGGUAAAAGAGUAUUAGCCAAAUUAAUUUUCCAAAUUUUAAAAUCAAAUGUUGAUUUAAUCGAUUGGGAUAAUAUUGCAACAUUUACAAAUACAAGUUCAAAACAACAAUUAAAUAUUAUUCAAGCAAUUGAUAAUUUAAUUGUUACACCAUUAUCAGUAACAAAUCAAGUAACAGAAUCAGAUUUAAUUUCAAAAACUCAAUUAGAUAUUAUUAAUAAUAGAAUGAAAAUUAAACAAUAUGAAUUAAUUUCAAAUACAAUCGCAACAGAUUUAAUUAAACCAAUUAUAAAUAAUAGUAUUUUAUUCAGAAUUUUAGAAAUUAAUUCAGGAUUUGGAUAUUUAUCAGAAAUGAUAAUUAAUAAAAUUAAUCAAUUAUUAAUAGAAUUUGAAAAUAGUUAUGAAAUUGAAAUUGAAUUUACAUUCACAUUAAAUGGUACAAAUCAAGAUGAUAAUAAAGAAAUUUCAAAUUCAAUUAAAGAAAAGUUAACAAAUUUAUUAAUUUCAAAAUCAUCAAUAUCAAUCAUUUUUAAAGAAUUAAAUUUAAAUGAAUCAUUUUUAGAACAAAAAUUUAAUCCAUCUUAUUAUGAUUUAAUAGUUUUAACAAAUUUAUCAACAAUUACAAAUUUAAAUGAAUCAAUUGAAUUUAUAAAUUCAAUUUUAUAUCCAAAUGGUCAUUUAAUUAUAAUUGAUACAAAAAAUCAAUCAAACUUUCAAGAUUAUGAAAUUUUUGAACAAUUUUUAAUUUUUGAUAACUUUGGAGGUGGUAUUGUAGAUGAUAAUAUUGAUUGGAAUCAAAUAUUUCAAAAUAAUAAUUUAAAUAAUGCUAUUGUAACACCAAAUAUUCAACCACAUGUAAUUCAAGUUCAAAAAUCAAAAUUAUAUGAUAAGGUAAUGAGUACACUUGAUGAUAUAACAGGACCAUAUGAUCAAAUUAUUAUAAUUGGUGAUCAAAUGCAAGAUACAAAUGAAGAUCUUUUCCAAAAUCCAAUUAUGGAUAUUAAUAAACAAGGUACAGAUAUUUAUAGAAUUAAAACUAUUGAAGAAUUUGAAAAACAUUGUUUAACAAUACCACCAACAGAUAAAUCAAUUUUAUUUUUUAUUUCAGCAAUGAAUAAUUUAUCAUUGGGUGAUUAUAAACAAGUUAAUUUUGAUUAUAUUAAAAUCAAUCAAUAUUUAUUAGCAAAUAAAUUAAGAUGUCCAUUUAUUUUAGCAACUAGAAGUGCAUUAAAAGAAUCAACCAAUGCAUUAGCAGCAUCAUUAAUUGGUAGUUUUAGAUACUUUUCAGAGUUUUCAAAUAUUUUAAAUUUAUAUUCAUUCGAUUUUGGUGAAAUGGUAUUUACCAUUGCUAGUGGAUCACCAUUUAAAUGGAUGAAUAUGGCAAUUGAUUUACUAGAUCCAAAUAAACAUAUUCAAAGAGAAUAUAUUUUUAGAAAUGGUAAUGAAACUUGGUUUGAAAGAAUUGGUAAAAUUAAAAGAGUUAAAUCAAAAUAUCAAUCAAAAUCAUAUUUAGAUGAUAAAGAAGAUUCAUUAGUCGCAAGAUUAAAUCAAAAUUUAGAGUAUCAAUUAGAGGCAAAACAAAGCAAUUUAAAAGAAAAUGAAAUUGAAGUUCAAGUUGUGGCAACUGGUAUUAAUUUUAAAGAUAGUUUAAUUUUUAGAAAUCUUGUACCACCAGUUUUGGCAAAUCAUGAUGGUGAUUAUAGUAAACCUGAAUUUGGAAUUGAAUGUUCUGGUAUCGUUUCAAGAAUUGGUAGCAAAGUUACAAAAUUUAAAGUUGGUGAUUCAGUUUUAGGUAUAAGUUGGAAAUCAACAUCAUCUCAUGCCAUCAAUUAUCAAGAUGCAUUUGUUUUAAAACCAGAUAAUAUUAGUUUUGUAGAAGCAGCUUCAAUACCAUUAGUAUAUUGUACUUCAUUCUAUUCAUUAUUUUAUUCUGGUAAUUUAAAAAUUGAAAAUAAUGAAUCAGUAUUAAUUCAUCAAGCAAGUGGUGGUAUUGGUUUAGCAUGUUUAAAUAUUUUAAAAUCAUGUGGAUUUAAAUCAAAAUUAUAUGUAACAGUUGGUUCAAAAGAAAAAGAAGAUUAUCUAAGAGAAACCUAUGGUGAUUUUAUAACUGGAAUUUAUUCAUCAAGAAAUACAGAUUUCCUUGAAAAUAUUAAAACUGAUCUUUCAAAAAUAAAUAACAACAACAACGAAAUCAAAGAAAAUAACACCAUUAAUGAAAGUUUUGAUGAUGUUGAUCAAAUUUUACCAUUUAUUCAUAAAAAAGGUGUUGAUUUAAUUAUAAAUACAUUACCAUUUGAAUUUUUAGAUACAAAUUUCCUUUUACUUGGUCAAGGUGGUAGAAUUGUAGAUUUAUCAGUUAAUCAUUUAAAUAAUAAUGAUACAACUGAUUUUAGUAAAUUCAAAUGGUUUAUUGGUUAUAGUACAGUUGAAAUAUUUUAUAAUGGAUUUGAAAAAUCAAAACAUAUAUUACAAUUAAUAAUAGAUAUGAUUAAAAAUAAAGAAUUACCAUUAAUACCAAUUAAAGAGUAUCCAAUUAAUCAAAUUAAAGAUGCAAUUGAAUUUAUCGGUCAAAGAAAACAUAUUGGUAAAAUUGUUAUAAAUCAUAAAGUAGGUUUAAGAGAUGGUUGUUCAAAUUUAGUACAAGAUACAAUUAAAAGUUUACAAAAUCAUUUAAAGGAUAAUUAUUUAGUAGCUUCUCCAGAUUUUAAAUUCAUGGGUGAUAGUUUAGGUAAAACUAUUUUAUUAACAGGUCAAACUGGUUUAUCAUUAUCAAUCAUUCAAAUCAGUUUAUUAAAUAAUUAUCAAGAUUUAGAAGGUAUAAUUGUAAUUUCAAAAUCACCAAUUAGAAAUGAAUUACAAUAUCUCAUUUCAUUUGCUAAAUACCUUUCACGUAAAACUAGAGUUCAUUUUAAACAAGCAGAUUGUUCUAAAUUUGAUGAAAUAAGCAAAGCAAUAUCAGAAAUUUAUGAAAAAGAUGAUCCUAAUUUAUCACCAGUAGAAUCAAUAUUUCAUAAUGCAUUCGUACCAGUUAUGUCAGAACCACAAGAUAUUGGUAUGAAACAUAUUGAUGAUGCAUAUGAUGCUAAAACAACUGGUGCAAUGAAUCUAUAUUUGCUAGCGAUUUUAAAUGGUUGGAAAUUAAAAAACUUUUUUUUUAGUUCUUCAGUUGCUUCAGUUUCAGGUAGUUCGCGUCAAGCAGGUUAUUGUGGUGCAAAUCUUGUAUUAGAAUCAAUAGCUAAAACUAUUCAAUCUCAAGGUAUAAGAUGUUCAACAAUUUGUUGGGGUUCUAUUGGUGAUAUUGGUUAUGUUUCACGUAAUGAAUCAGUUUCAAAAUAUGUACAUGGUCUAGGUAAUAUUUCAAUGCCUUCAAAUAUGGUUUUAGGUUCAUUAGAUUUAUUAUUACAACAACCAACCCUAUCAACAGAUACUACAAUCGUUGCAUCAUUUGAUUUUAAUAAUUUACCAAAACUAUCAACAAAUGGAAGUAAUAAUCUUUAUUAUAAAUUUGAUUACUUUACAAAUCCAAUUCAAUCAAAUCAAAAUAAUUGUUCAAGUGAUGAUCUUUCAAUUAGAGAAGAAAUUCUUGCAAAAUUUUCAGAGUUUUUAUCAGUUGAUGAUCAAUCUAAAAUUAAUUUAGAUAUAAAAUUAUUAGAUUAUGGUGCAGAUUCAAUGGUAAUUGUAGAGUUAAAGAAUUAUUUAGAUAAAACAUAUACACCAAAUAUUUUAUCUAUACAACAACUUCAAAAUGUUACAAUUAAUCAAUUAAUUCAAUCAGUAACAGAUGCAAUGAAUAAAUUAAAUGGUAAUGAAAAUAAAUCAAUUAAAAAAUCAAAUAAAUUAGUACAACAAAAACAAAUCGAUUGGGUAAAAGAAAUUAAAUUAGAUUCAUCUAUAAAACCAACUGAUGAAAUGAUUAAAUUAUUUAAACAAUUACAACAACAACUAGCAUCACCAACUACAACAACUAGUAAUACAGUAUUUUUAACAGGUUCAAGUGGUUUUAUUGGAAUUUAUAUUCUAUUUUAUUUAAUUAAAUCAGUUAAUUGUAAAAUUGUAUAUUGUUUAAUUAGAAGAAAAACAAUUGAAGAAGCAACAACAUUUUUAAUUGAAUUUUUAAAAGUUCAUCAAUUAUAUAAUCAAUUAACAACAGAUGAAAUUAAUAAAAUCAAACCAGUAUUAGGUGAUUAUACAUUAGAUUCAUUUGGACUUUCAGUUGAUCAGUAUACAAAUCUUUCAAAUAAUGUAGAUUUAAUUAUAAAUAGUGCUGCAAGUGUAAGUUUUCUAAUGGAUUAUGAAGAUUCAAAAGUUGAAAGUGUAGAAGGUGUACUUCAAUGUUUAAGAUUUUCAUGUCAUAAUAAAUUAAAGAAAUUUGUUCAAGUUAGCACUCUUGGUGUUUAUUCAGAUGAUAAAAGAGAUAAUUUAGAUGAUUAUACAUUCGCUCAAAUUGAUCCAAAAAUUAUUCAAUCUAAAAAUUCAAUUAUCAAUGGUUAUUUACAAGGUAAAAUCGUAUCAGAAUAUCAUAUUAAAGAAGCUGCAAAUAGAGGUAUACCAUGUUGUAUCAUUAGAUUACCUUUUAUUGGUCCAAAUCCAAGUACUGGUGUUGGUAAUGAUUCAGAUUUUUUCCAAACAUUAUUACAAUCAUGUUAUGCAAUGUCAACAUAUCCAAAACAAGAAUCAGGUCUUCAAUUAUAUUCAACACCAGUUACUUGGGUAGCUCAAAACUUAUCAUUCAUUUCAAUGAAUCCAAAAUGUUGGUCAACUUCAUCAAAUAAUCCAUCAUCAAUUUCAGAAAAUUUAACAUGUUAUAAUUUAUUUGGUGAAUCAAUUUGUUUUAAUGUUUUAUUAACAGAAUUAGCAUCACAAUUAAAAUGGAAACCAACUCCACCCGGUGAAUUUUUAAAGAAAUUAAAAUCAUUCCCAAAUGAACCAUCUUGUAAUAAACUUCAUGUUGUUUUGAAAAAUUCAAAAAAUUUAUUACUCAAUAUUUAUAUACCUGGUAAUUAUAAAUUAAAUCCAACUUUAAAACAAUUAUUACAAUCAAAUAACACUUAUAAAGGUUGGAAAAUUACACCAGAAAUGAUUUUAACUCAUUUAUCUUUUACCUUUAAAAAAAUUAAAUUUAUAAAUUACAAAUAA